AGGGGGGGGGUCGUUACUUUGCUGGUCUUUGAAAAGUCAUUUUUGUACGAGCUUUCUAUUGUGUUGUGGUAUAUAUGUCAAUUUCAUGGAAUGGUUGCGGUGUGGUGGUCGCACACAACACAGACACUGUAUGUACAUGUACACACAGUGAACGUCAAUUUGCAGGGUAAAUUAUGUAUGUGAAUCGCGGGGUCUCAAAACCUUUUGUCUAAUGAAGCGACGCACGGUGCCCGGUUAGUUGUUCCGAAGGGCCCUGGGACCUUUCACUUCACUGUGAUUUUUUUAAUGGGAUAUUGUGUUCGCUGGAAACCCCCGACGCGACUCGGACUCAUCCAACUUGAACGUUCUUGAACUCUCGAACGAGCAGACGUCCGGUCUAAGCCCUCGCAAUGAAUGGGCGAGUUCAGCGUCGUGGCUGAUGCGCAUGUUUGAGUAUGGUCGCUAAAAGCCCCGUCAACGUUCAUGUGCAGCCAUGUUCUCGCAAAUGAAUGUUUUUAACGUCGUACGAGCGCAAGGUUUUGGACGAUGGCGGCCUGAUAAGUUCACGUUUUGGCUACGAGGUUUCCCGAGGACAUAGGCUUCCUCAGGCUGUCGCUCCGUCUAUCACGGCCGCGAAACAUGCGACUGUUUUUCGUGGAGAGAACGAAGAUGGGGUAUUGUGAUGGGUCUUACGUGUUGUGAAAUGUCAGUGCGGGGGGUCCAGGUAGUUUGACCAUAGUUAGUGGGCAGGGACUGCAGCGAUGCUGCCAAAGGAGCUAAUCAAUGAUCGAGUUGAUUU